GAGAAAGAAAGAACCCCACAAAAGCAGUACUGCUACGAGUCUGCUGAGCCUCCCUGAACCACCACCGCGACCCAAAACAAACCGCGGAACCCGAAGCCGAGCGAGCGAUUCCCCAUUUUCAAAAAAGGCGAGCUCCGCCGCCGCCGUCGUCACGAAUCCGAUGGUGUCUGACCAGGAGCUGGCCCGGUAUGUGGAGUCCUUGGUCCGCCAGGCCGUUGCCGCCGCCGGCGGUCACGCGGGCGGGAUAUCGACCGAGGGCGUGGUGCGGCAGCUCGAGGCGCAGCUCGGGGUCGACCUCGCCCCUAGGGCGCCGCUCAUCCGCGACAUCCUCGUCGCGCUCCUCUCCCCCGUCGCCCCCGCCUCGCGUAAGGACCCUUUUGCCACCGCUUCGCCCCACUUCGCGGCGGCCACCACGGCCUCCGCCUCCUCCGCACCUGGCGCCGGCGUGCCGCACUUCUUCGCGCAUCAGCAGCAACAGCAGCAGCCCACGGCACAGCAGCUGCAGUCGUACUACGCCGCCGCGCAGCAGUACCAGCAGCAGCAGCAACAGCAACAACAGCACCGCCCCAGCCCGCCCGCCUCCCAGCAGUACGACGCCGCCACGGCGUCGUUCCGCUACGCGCAGCCUGGUGGGGCGCAGCUCCAGAGGCUCGUCCAACUGCAGCAGUACCAGCAGCAGCAGCAGCAGCAGAUGGCCGCUGCGGCUGCCGCCGCCGCCGUGGCCGGGGAUAGUCCUCGUGGGGCGGUCGUGGCGGAGAGUCCGCGUGGGGCGGCGUCCGCGAAGCCCAAGAAGGAAAGUGCUAGUACUGGAGUAAAACGAAGAGGUGGUCCAGGGGGAUUAAACAAAGUCUGUGGUGUUUCACCUGAGCUGCAAGUUAUUGUUGGUGAACCAACCAUGGCUAGAACUGAGAUCGUUAAGCAGCUUUGGGCGUACAUUCGCAGGAACAACUUGCAGGACCCAAACAAUAAGAGAAAGAUCAUCUGCAAUGAUGAGCUACGGUUGGUUUUUGAGACCGAUUGCACUGAUAUGUUCAAGAUGAACAAGCUUUUGGCAAAGCAUAUAAGACCACUCGAGCCAGCAAAAGAUUCAAAUCGAGAUUCGAAGAAGCUGAAGCCUGUGGACAGUGAACCCAUUUCUCCUGCUGAAAGUGAUCCUAACCAACUUCCUGUUAUCGUGUCUGAUGCUCUUGCUAGCUUUUUUGGAACUGGAGAAAGAGAGAUGCCCCACUCCGAGGCUGUCAAGCGUGUUUGGGACCACAUCAAAAGCAAUAAUUUGGAGGAUCCGUCAAAUCCCACAUUGAUAUUAUGUGACUCAAAACUUAAAGAUCUCUUUGGAUGUGAAAGCUUAACCGCUCUGGGUGUUUCAGAGUUGCUGUCAGAUCAUCUUUUCAAGCAAGCUAAUAAGAUCUAACUGAUGAAACAUCUUACUGGACUCUAGUUGGUCUAACAUCCUGGCAGUAGGCACUGAAGAAAUGACAGAAAUUUGCUGAAGUUGUUAAUUUCAUCUUAUGUAUCCAAAAGACUGAUGUACUUACAAGAAAAGGGCUGUAGGGUAAUCUCUUCACAGUAGCAAUCAAAAGGAAUGGUAGUUCAGCAUACUGUCUAGUUUGGUCUCCCCGAAAGGGUCACAUGUGGUAGUUUAUCCCGAAUUUGUAGUUUGUUAAAUAGGAAGCAGCAGUAAGGGAAAGAGAAAGCUGAUUAACUUUGUUGUGAAUUCAGCAACCAUAGGUGCAUCUUAUGGUAAGAAGUAGCUCUCUCCUUUCUUACCCCAGAAAAAGCCUCUUACAUGGAUAAUGUCCCACCGACAUUGUAAUGUUGUAGGUGAUGCCUAAUUUAUCAACUUAUUAUCUUUAUCAAA